CUCCGAGCACCGCGCCGCCGCCGCCCCCCGCCCCCCCAGCCGCGCAGGAUGGUACAGUCUGCAGAGGGACCGGCUGGCCGGCUCGCCGGCACCGCUCCGCGCCGCGACUCCGGGGCUGCCGCCGCCGGGAACGUGCAGGACUGGUGGCGAUUGUCUCAGCCAAGAGCCACUGCCCCUGACCAUGUAGAUGCCAGCUCUGGGCAGCAGCAUGGGCCCCACUGAAUGGAGACGCCUGGGUCUACAUCCCUGAGCCCCUCUGGUCCCUGGACCUCGCCCCACGCCCAGGGACACCUCCUGGAUCUCACCACCGCUGUCGCCAGCUGGCCUUGGCCACCGCUUCCGCAGGGACCCAGAGUCGGCCACCCGGAGCCCCCGCUGUCCAGCGAGGGUGUGCUGAGGACAGCCACAGCAGCCGUCACCUGGCAGCUUCUUGUCCAGCGCUGACCCUCGGGCCCACCCCGAGCAGGGACUGUCACAGACAUGGGUGACAUGACUAACAGUGACUUUUACUCCAAAAACCAAAGAAAUGAGUCGAGCCAUGGAGGUGAGUUCGGGUGCACGAUGGAGGAGCUCCGCUCCCUCAUGGAGCUGCGAGGCACCGAGGCUGUGGUCAAGAUCAAAGAGACUUACGGGGACACUGAAGCCAUCUGCCGGCGCCUCAAAACCUCACCUGUCGAAGGUUUGCCAGGCACGGCUCCAGAUCUGGAAAAGAGAAAGCAGAUUUUUGGGCAAAACUUUAUACCUCCAAAGAAGCCAAAAACCUUCCUGCAGCUUGUAUGGGAGGCACUACAGGAUGUGACGCUCAUCAUCCUGGAGAUUGCGGCCAUCAUCUCCCUGGGGCUGUCCUUCUACCACCCGCCCGGCGAGAGCAAUGAGGGAUGUGCAACUGCACAGGGCGGGGCAGAGGAUGAAGGAGAGGCGGAGGCGGGUUGGAUCGAGGGGGCUGCCAUUCUCCUCUCAGUCAUCUGUGUGGUCCUGGUCACGGCCUUCAAUGACUGGAGCAAAGAAAAACAGUUCCGGGGCCUUCAGAGCCGCAUUGAGCAGGAACAGAAAUUCACCGUGGUCCGGGCUGGCCAGGUGGUCCAGAUCCCUGUGGCUGAGAUUGUGGUUGGGGACAUUGCCCAGGUCAAAUAUGGUGACCUCCUCCCUGCUGAUGGUCUCUUCAUCCAGGGCAAUGACCUCAAGAUCGAUGAAAGCUCCCUGACCGGGGAAUCUGACCAGGUGCGCAAGUCCGUGGACAAGGAUCCCAUGCUGCUGUCAGGAACCCACGUGAUGGAGGGCUCAGGUCGGAUGUUGGUGACUGCUGUGGGUGUGAACUCUCAGACUGGCAUCAUCUUUACCCUGCUUGGGGCUGGUGGUGAAGAGGAAGAAAAGAAAGACAAAAAAGCCAAACAGCAGGACGGGGCGGCCGCCAUGGAGAUGCAGCCCCUCAAGAGUGCCGAGGGCGGGGACGCCGACGACAAGAAGAAGGCCAACAUGCACAAGAAGGAGAAGUCCGUGCUGCAGGGCAAGCUCACCAAGCUGGCUGUGCAGAUCGGCAAAGCAGGCUUGGUGAUGUCAGCCGUCACAGUGAUCAUCCUGGUGCUCUACUUCACCGUGGACACCUUCGUGGUCAACAAGAAGCCGUGGCUGCCUGAGUGCACGCCUGUCUACGUGCAGUACUUCGUCAAGUUCUUCAUCAUUGGCGUGACGGUGCUGGUGGUCGCCGUGCCCGAGGGGCUCCCUCUGGCUGUCACCAUCUCGCUGGCCUACUCGGUGAAGAAAAUGAUGAAGGACAACAACCUGGUACGCCACCUGGAUGCCUGUGAGACCAUGGGCAAUGCCACGGCCAUCUGCUCGGACAAGACGGGCACGCUGACCACCAAUCGAAUGACGGUGGUGCAGGCCUAUGUCGGCGACGUCCACUACAAGGAGAUCCCUGACCCCAGCUCCAUCAAUGACAAGACCAUGGAGCUGCUGGUCAACGCCAUCGCCAUAAACAGCGCUUACACCACCAAGAUUCUGCCCCCAGAGAAGGAGGGCGCCCUGCCCCGGCAGGUGGGCAACAAGACGGAGUGCGGCCUGCUGGGCCUCGUGCUGGACCUGAAGCAGGACUACGAGCCCGUGCGCAGCCAGGUGCCGGAGGAGAAGCUGUACAAAGUGUACACCUUCAACUCCGUGCGCAAGUCCAUGAGCACCGUCAUCAGGCUGCCCGACGAGAGCUUCCGCAUGUACAGCAAGGGUGCCUCUGAGAUCGUGCUCAAGAAGUGCUGCAAAAUCCUCAGUGGGGCAGGCGAGCCCCGGGUCUUCCGGCCCCGAGACCGGGAUGAGAUGGUGAAGAAGGUGAUCGAGCCCAUGGCCUGCGACGGGCUCCGCACCAUCUGCGUGGCCUACCGUGACUUCCCCAGCAGCCCCGAGCCUGACUGGGACAAUGAGAAUGACAUCCUCAACGAUCUCACCUGCAUCUGUGUGGUGGGCAUCGAGGACCCUGUGCGACCCGAGGUCCCAGAAGCCAUCCGCAAGUGCCAGCGGGCAGGCAUCACGGUCCGCAUGGUCACUGGUGACAAUAUCAACACGGCCCGGGCCAUCGCCAUCAAGUGUGGCAUCAUCCAUCCUGGGGAGGACUUCCUGUGCCUGGAGGGCAAGGAAUUCAACCGGAGGAUCCGCAACGAGAAGGGGGAGAUCGAGCAGGAGCGAAUCGACAAGAUCUGGCCAAAGCUGCGGGUGCUGGCUCGCUCCUCCCCCACGGACAAGCACACCCUGGUCAAAGGCAUCAUCGACAGCACACACACUGAGCAGCGGCAGGUGGUGGCUGUGACGGGGGAUGGGACCAACGAUGGGCCUGCACUCAAGAAGGCUGACGUGGGCUUUGCCAUGGGCAUCGCAGGCACUGACGUGGCCAAGGAGGCCUCAGACAUCAUCCUGACGGAUGACAACUUCAGCAGCAUUGUCAAGGCAGUGAUGUGGGGCCGCAACGUCUAUGACAGCAUCUCUAAGUUCUUGCAGUUCCAGCUGACCGUCAAUGUGGUAGCCGUGAUUGUGGCCUUCACAGGAGCCUGCAUCACGCAGGAUUCCCCUCUGAAGGCUGUGCAGAUGCUCUGGGUGAAUCUGAUCAUGGACACGUUCGCCUCCCUGGCGCUGGCCACCGAGCCGCCCACCGAGACCCUGCUUCUGAGGAAGCCCUAUGGCCGCAACAAGCCCCUCAUCUCGAGGACCAUGAUGAAGAACAUCCUGGGCCACGCCGUCUACCAGCUCACCCUCAUCUUCACCCUGCUCUUUGUUGGUGAGAAGAUGUUCCAGAUCGACAGCGGGAGGAACGCGCCCCUGCACUCGCCACCCUCGGAGCACUACACCAUCAUCUUCAACACCUUCGUCAUGAUGCAGCUCUUCAAUGAGAUCAAUGCCCGAAAGAUCCACGGCGAGCGCAAUGUGUUUGACGGCAUCUUCCGGAACCCGAUUUUCUGCACCAUCGUGCUGGGCACCUUUGCCAUCCAGAUAGUGAUCGUGCAGUUUGGAGGGAAGCCAUUCAGCUGCUCUCCACUGCAGCUGGACCAGUGGAUGUGGUGCAUAUUCAUUGGGUUAGGAGAGCUCGUUUGGGGCCAGGUCAUUGCCACCAUCCCGACCAGCAGGCUCAAAUUCCUCAAGGAGGCUGGCAGGCUCACACAGAAGGAGGAGAUUCCAGAGGAGGAGCUCAACGAGGACGUGGAGGAGAUAGAUCACGCCGAGAGAGAGCUGCGGCGGGGCCAGAUUCUGUGGUUCCGAGGCCUGAAUCGGAUCCAAACUCAGAUCCGCGUCGUGAAGGCAUUCCGUAGCUCUCUCUAUGAAGGUUUAGAAAAGCCUGAGUCUCGAACCUCCAUCCAUAAUUUCAUGGCUCAUCCUGAAUUCCGAAUUGAAGAUUCACAGCCCCACAUCCCCCUCAUUGAUGACACCGACCUGGAAGAAGAUGCUGCGCUCAAGCAGAACUCGAGCCCGCCGUCAUCGCUCAACAAGAACAACAGCGCCAUCGACAGCGGGAUCAACCUGACGACUGACACAAGCAAAUCAGCUACCUCUUCAAGUCCAGGGAGCCCCAUCCACAGCCUGGAGACAUCGCUUUAGCUGAGGACCCUGUCGCCCGCCCACCUGCCCGCCCUCACGGACUUCGCUGCCACCUGCCUCCUGGGUACCCAUCCAUCCAGGCACCCAACUCACCCAGGCAGCAACGAGCAACAACAGGAAACCAAAUACUGGAGAGAAAACCAAUGUUUCCCCCAACAGACCCUUUCUCUGGCUGCGAUGCUGUUUGAACUCUUUUUCACUCUGAGGCAUGGGGCAGGAUCUCCACCGGGGGCUUAGGGGACUGAGCACUUUUCCCAAAACAAGCCCUUCCUGGCUCCCGCCCAAACAUGGAGCAGCCAUGCACCCGCCCAGCCACCACGUCCCCGCAUGAAUGUACUGUACUUUCAAUCCUCCCCUUGUUUGGUUUUGGGGGGCUUGGGGAGAGUUUUUUUGUUUGUUUUCUUAGGCGGGAACUGCAAACAGACUCUGUUCUGAGACUAUUUAUCCAGCCCACUGGUCUGUGAGCUCUGGAAACGCUUGCGCAGCACGGUCUCAGUCAUGUAGAUUCAUUUAAUAAUUUUUUGAAAUUGCAGAGCUUAACUAGCCUAGGAGAUCUACACCAAUGGAACCGAAGAACUUCAUAGACACUCACAGGUUAUAUCCAUUUCUUUGUAUCUAUAUCAACGUAUACUUCUCCAAGACUGUAUACGUCCAUAUAGAUAGGUAGAUAUAUAUAUAUAUAUAUAUAUAUAAAAAUAUAUAUACAUGGAUAUAUAAAGUUUCUUUGCUGGCAUGUUGCCUUGUUUCUGCUUAAACUGCUCUAUUUUAACUUAUUUAUGUCCCAAAAGAAGAAUGUAAUUUGUUUACAAACCUGUAGAUAAUGUCUUUGGCUAUUUGUACGGUUUAAGAACACUGGUGGCUGAGAUGCUAUGAAAACAGCUCAGCCCAACAGCUACUUCCCUGGAUUGCACCCUUGAUGUUCUAUGAUAGCCAUGCUCUGAUUUUUGCCUGCUAUUUCCGUUCAAUAAUGUCACUACCGCAGGAGGCUCAGGCAGAAGCCAAAUACUACCAAGUAUCCAUCCUGAGGGGUUUAACAACAUGCUCUGUAGACGAAGGGAGAGGAGGAGGGAAGGCUUCCUGGAUUUGCAACACUGGCGGCCAUCCCAGCCCAAGGCUGCCAGGACCUGCAAAGCGCUGGGCAAAGACUUUUCUCUCAAUGAAACUUAACUUGAGUUUACUAAGAGCAUUUCAAGCAUACGUUCUCUUUGGCUCUAUCUGUACAGAGAUUGAGGUAGUGUUGAAAUAUUACAAAUGCUAUUGUGUUGAUUUUUUUAGUUAGUAAUUUAGAGGUUUAUUUCCUUAUAAAUGGCAGCGUAUGAGCUGUUGGCAUAUUGGAUGAGGAUCGGUAUGGCUUGUUGCUUUUAUUUUUGAAGAAUAGCCUUUUCUCUGCACUAUUUAGAUCCGAAUGAACCUUAUGAUGUGUAUAUUGAGAUGUAUUCAGUGUGAUUUUUAAACCAAAUUGUCUUCCUAUAGUCACAACAUAUACUGUAGCCUUUUAACAGCAAGUCUUGCUUUCCCAGACAGAAAGCCAUUCUGAAACCCUGCCGUAUCACAGGUGAGAAAAGGUGGUUAUUUUCCCCCAAGACAGUAACAGAACUAGCAAUCCCACUUGAUAAGAGCUUAUUUAAUUGUAUGUCAGCCUCUUAACUGCUAAGCACUUUGUGGGUCUCAGCAUUUUUCAUAAAGGAACUUUUGUAUUUAAUACAAAGUUUGCUUUGAGACUUUUCAGCAUACGAUCUUUUUCCAUAAACUUGUACAGUGCAAAAGACAUUUUGAAUACCAUGAUCGAUGAUGUCCCAUGCUUUGAGGAAAACCAAACAUUUUCCGCCUCGCUUGCGAAAUCCAUUCCUCAUGGUGACCCUUCCCGCAGCUGCCAUGUGUCCCUCCCCAUCUCCAGGCCCAGAGAACUCUUCCACAAACAAGAUGAGAGCCACUUGGGAAAAGAGCCAUAGUCAGCUGGGAGGGCCUAUGUCUGGAUGGCUGUGGAAAAACCUGAGGGUUUGGGGUUCAAAGUCAGCCCAUCCCACCUGGCAAACUCCUUCUGUAAGAGGACCUUCUUUUCAAGAGAGCACUACCUGAAUAUUGUGAGGAAAUAUCUCUGAAUGUAUCCAGCAGAGGACACUGCACACCCAAAGGGGUGACCAGUCCUCAGAUGUGCUUCUUGGAUUCCGGUACAAACACCACCAAAACCAGCCCACUGCUCUCCUCUGCGGAAGGAAAGACCUGCACAUCUAAAACAUGGGGCAGCCUUGGAACACGGUGUUUUUUGGAGUUUCCUUUCUUACAGUUUUCCAUCUUCCCUUUCUUUGUUCACUCAUGUGUCCGUGACCACAUUCCAUGACCUCAGGAUAGUUCUGCCUGCACACCACGCUCCCUGUUUAUCUGGAGCCAGGACAUGAGGAAAACGCAGGGGUCCUCUGAGUGGAGCCUAGCUCGGGGAAUGGGGCGCUGUGGAAGGCUGCCAGCAUUAGCGCUGGGCUUCUUUUGUGAGGAAUGAUGGAGGCUCACACACACGCACCUCUCACACCUGCACACACAUCCCCACACACAGGAGAUGGUUUGUCAGAACUCACUGUAGUACGUAAAGCUUGCACUCUGCGUCCUAUAUCUAGCAGCAUGGGGUAUGUUUGGCAGUUCACCCCAUUAGGGGGUAAAUAAUUUAUGACCAUCUGUUUUUAUGAAUUUUUUAUCUAGAUAAUAAUUGUAAAUAAAGAAUUCACCGUCUCUGUUCAUUUAA